CGAACUCCACUUUACGCGUCAGUAAAACCGGGCUCGUGCACUUUUGCGCCAACUUUCUUCGCAUUUCAGUCAGGCGGCAGCCGCGCCAGCCGCGGCCGCCUUUGAAAAAAGUGGGUGGCGUCGUUGCGCGUGGGCACGGAGCGGCGCGCGGCGGCCCCGCGGCCGCUCGCGCUGCGGUGACGCGGCCAGGACACGGCGGUGGCGUCGCGCGCUCGUCAGCCCUCAGCUGAGACAACAGGGCGGAUCGUCCCGGGAAUGAAACGAGCCUCUGCGCUGCGCCGGAGCCGCGGCACGCGCAGCUGCUGCCGCUGAAAAAGUUGCGUCGCUCGCGGGGAGAAAAGCAGCACAUCACCGGGCGGGAGUUGGACUUCUCGUCUGACUGGAUGCAGCGGGGCGGUUAUUAGCGACGCGGCGCUGAUUUCACAGGUUGUGAGUGAUGGAAGCGGGGUCUGUGGUGCGCGCCGUGUUCGAGUUCCUCCCCAGUGUCUCGGAGGAGCUGCCCCUCUUUCCCGGCGAUGUCAUCGAGGUGCUCAGCGUUGUGGACGAUUUCUGGUUGCUUGGCAACAAAGAUGGCGUCACAGGCCAGUUCCCGAGCACCUUCGUGGAAGAGGUCACCAUUCCCAGCACCAAGCCUGGCGACCGGCUCUACGUGUGCAUUAGUGAUUUCAGCUCUGCAGAGCCAGGCAGCCUGUCCUUAAAGAGAGGUGAUGUGGUGGUCAGGGAGGCAGGAGAGUCCAUGGACCUGGGGGUCCUAUGGCAGCGUGGUUGUAAUGCAUGGGGCGUCCGGGGUCUCUUCCCCACAUCGUGUGUGCAGGUGCUGAACCUUUCCGGACGUUCCAAGCUUCUGUCGGAGCGUUCGGCUCAGGCCCAGGCUGCAGAGCUCCCAGCCUAUGCACUAGGUCAAGCCCGGGCUCUCAUGAGCCUCCACGCGCAGCUCAACGAAGAGCUGGACUUCCGCGAGGGCGACUUGAUCAUCAUCACAGGCCUGCCGGAACCAGGCUGGUUCCAAGGAGAGCUGGACGGCCAGAGGGGGAUUUUCCCAGAAGGGUUUGUGGAGCUCCUUGGUCCACUUCGAUCCCCCCAGGAACCUGUGGACUGUCAGUAUGUGGACAGUGACCUUCAAGUAAUGAACUGCGAGGACCCAUCGGAUGCAGAGGAGGGACCUGAGAGGGAGGGUGUCGAAGAGGGGGAGGCUUUUCAGAGAGAGGAAGAGGAGCAGAGGGAGGAUGCAGUCGAAGAGGAGGAGGACGGCAUCUAUGGAGUGGCUCUAUAUGAGUUUCGGGCCUUGGAGCCGGGUGAGCUGGAAUUUGAUGUGGGCGAUCGCAUACGUGUGGUGAACACGUUGGAGGACGGCUGGUUGGAGGGGGAGCUCAGAGGGCAGCGGGGCGUCUUUCCCCAUCGCUUUGUCAAAAUAGAAGGCGACAAACCAAAAAACGCAGAGGAAACCGUGGAAGCCGUGGCCGAACCAGAAUACGAUAAGGACAAUAGAUGCGCUUCUGAAUACAACACAGAGCAUUUGUGUCCCAAUGGGGCAGAGGAGGAUGCUGAAUGGGGGACGUAUGAGGAUCACACCGUGUGGGACCUGGACUUCUUCGAGAGGUGCGAAGAGCAAAGGCCGGACACAAACACUGCAGCUCAGCUCAACCCCAGGUACCAGAGAGACAGAUGGAGCAGGCCCGACUCUCAGCCACGCAGACCCGCUCCCCCCGUGCAAGGCAGGCCUGCGAGGCCCAGGUCCAGUCCCCCGGCCAGACCCAGCCUCCCGCCUCGGCCCAGCCUGCCUCUGCAUCGAGGCCCGCUUCCUGACAGGAACCGGUCCCACUGCGUUAAUGGUGACGCUCGAUCCCUUAAACCGAAGCUGACUCACAGCCUGACGCUCCCCAGCUCUAAAGACAGUAGAUGCUGCAGGCGGCCACCAGCAGAGGGCGCCACCACCGGUAACAGAGACUAUAGCCUUGAAGGCCACAAGCAGACGGCUCUCAUUCGCCAUCCCAGCGUCACCGAUGCUGAUACGGGCCCUGAGACACGGACCCGUUCCCCCCAGACGGUGCGUGGCCCCAACGGGUCAAUCCCUGCGUCCGUCACCUUCGAUGCCCUGGUUAACUCUGCCACUGACCUGGAGGCCAAACUCUCCCAGCAGCUGCUAGAAUUUGACAAAAGCCCGCCCGCUUCGUGCGCUGGCUCCAGCGUGGGCCCCGACCCCAGCCAGCAGUUCCCCAUCUCCAGGCACUUUUCUAUUCUGGAAUACAGAGACGAGCGCGACAUCAUGCGAGGCUCCUCGCGUUCUCCCACGUCCCACCUCUCGCGCUCCAACUCCGCCACCUCCUCGCUGGACCGGCGCCGGACCCUUCGGCCUCCUCCCCCCCGGCCCCGAGCUCGACGCCCCCCGGCGGCGGCUGCCUGUAAGCCAGCGCGGCCUGCUCCACGUCCCCCUCCCCGUUGCCCCAGACAAAAUACCGCUCCACCGGCCUGCGACCCCCCCACAAGCAGCCACGUCUUCUACACCCCCGAUGAACCAGAGCUGCCGCCCGAGAUGGCCGACCUCGCCGCCGCCCAGGAACACGGGGUCCAGUGCCAGCUGGAGGCCGAGGCCGACCUGGAGAGAGAGGUGGAAUUGGAGAGUCAGCGGCAGACGGAGGAGGAGGAGGAGAGGUACCAGCUUUUGCUGCGGCUGCGGGAGGUGGAGCACGACAUGGAGGCAUACGCGCACACUGCAGAGGAGCUCAGGGCCAUGUUGGAGGAGGAGGAGGAGGAGACGGCCCGGAUGCAGGCCAUGGAGAACCUGGAGUUCUGCACCUACACACUGGAGACCCUCGCCCUGGAGCAGCAGCACCUCCAAGAGAUGACACUCCUGUCGUCUCAGCCCAAACCCCUGGACAAUGCCCUAGCCUCGGACUCGCCCCCCGCUGCUGGCACGGGCACCGAGGUGAGGAUGCUGGAGAAGAGGUCAAAGGUCAUCGACGAGCUGCUGCAGACGGAGAAGGACUACAUCAAAGACCUGCAGAUGUGUGUCGUUGAGAUCAUUGAGCCGCUGCAGAAAAAGCAGAUGAAAAAUGUGGAUUUCGACGGGCUCUUUGGCAACAUCAGCUCUGUGAUCGACCUGUCGCAGCGCCUCUUGGAGACACUGCAGGACACAGACUCCAUCGGAAAGGUUUUUCUGGGCUUCAAAGCGGAGCUAGAGGACGUGUACAAGAUCUACUGCCAGAACCACGAUGACGCCAUCUCUCUGCUGGAGACCUACGAGAAAGACGAAAACAUCCAGCGCCACGUGAUGGAGUGUCUGGAGAGACUGAGAGCCAUAUAUCGAGAGUGGGGUAAAACGAACUACAUCAACCUCGGCUCCUUCCUGAUCAAGCCUGUGCAGCGCGUCAUGCGCUACCCGCUGCUGCUGAUGGAGCUGCUGGGGGCCACGCCGGAAAACCACCACGACCGCCCGCAGCUCACGCAGGCCCUGCAGUCGGUGAAGGAGAUCAACGGGAACAUCAACGAGUACAAGCGACGGAAGGACCUCGUGGUGAAGUACAGGAAGAGCGACGAGGACACUUUCAUUGACAAGAUCUCCAAGCUGAGCAUGCACUCCAUUAUCAAGAAAUCCAACCGAGUCAGCAGCCACAUCAAGCAUCUGACGGGAAUUUCCCCACAGAUUAAAGAUGAAGCAUUUGAUGAGACGGAGAAAAGGUUCAGGCUGCAGGAGAGACUCAUUAAGUCGUUUAUCAGGGACAUUUCCUUGUACCUGCAGCACAUUAGGGAAUCGGCAUCUGUGAAGGUGCUGGCUGCCAUCAGCUUCUGCGACAUCUACACAGAGCGCAGCCUGCUGGACCCCGAGCGCUUCCAGAGGGCCCACCGCUGCAUCAGCGAUAAACAGUUCACGCAGUUCAAGGAGCGCACUGAGGCCUUGGUCAUCGGCCCGCUCACCCAGCUGCUCCUCAUGUUCGCCGGGCCCCACAAGCUGAUCCAGAAGCGCUUCGACAAGCUGCUCGACUACGACAACUGCAAGGAGCGCGCGGAGCGCUUCAAGGACCGCCGCGUCCAGGACGAGCUGCAGGCGGCGCGCAACAACUACGAGGCGCUCAACGCCCAGCUCCUGGACGAGCUGCCCAAGUUCCACGGCGCGGCCGAGGAGCUGUUCACGGGCUGCGUGACGGCCUUCGCUCAGGCGCAGAAAGACUUCAUGAAGACCACGCUGGGCGAGUUGAAGCCCCUCCUGCAGGCUUUCUCCAACAGGGCUGGAACGGAGAGCAACCUCAUCACCCACUUCCAAGAAGAGCACAGCCGAGUGGUGCAGCUUCUGCAGAGCUUCAGCUUCUGCCCGGAGAACCUGCCUCCAGCCGCCCCCACCAAGAAGCCCUUCGAGAAGAAGACCCUGGAGAGGCAGGCGGCUAAGAAGCCACCGCAGCCACCCCCAAACCACAGCAUGCAGACGGACGAGCACCGGGCCGGACUUCUGGCGCGCUACGGCCACGAGAAGCUCUUCCAGGCUGAGAGGAACUUUAAUGCUGCCCAGGACCUGGAUGUCUCCAUUCUAGAGGGAGACCUGGUGGGAGUGAUCAAGCAGCAGGACCCCAUGGGCAGCCAGAACCGCUGGCUAAUUGAUAAUGGAGUCACCAGGGGUUUCGUGUACAGCUCCUUCCUCAAACCCUACAACCCGCGCAGGAGCCAGUCGGACGUGUCGAUUGAGAGCCAGUCGUCCAACGAGUCGGGCUACGGAGGCUCCUCCCCCGUUUUCUCUCGCCAGAACAGCAACAGCACGCUGACCUUCAACCAGGAAACGGUCAGCUUCUCCGCGUCGCAGCCGCAGAGCCAGUCGUCACCGCACCCGUCGCUGGACUCCGCCUCCUCCCGCAGGAGCCACCACAGGGACGCACCCAGCUCCGACUCUGCUUGUCAGAGCAACUCGGUGAACUCGUCGCCCCAGAGCUCCGCGAACCGGAGGGAGUACUCGGAUCACGCGUACCGGAGCUCGGCCGCUCACCGGGACGCGGAACCCUCGUACCGGCACUCGAGCGGUCGCAGGGACUCGUACGACGCGAGCAGCUACAGGGAGACGUCGGACCCGUCGGAGACAGACUCGUCUUCGUCUCACAGAAACCAUCGCUCACAGCGGCACGGGCCCUCAGACAAGUCCCACAGUUCUUAUCAGUGGAGGAAUGGGGACAGCAGCAGCCAGAAGAAGUUGUACCCAAGGGAGGAAUUCAUAGAACGCGAUCCAGAACCAGAGCAUGAGAGUGAAUCAGAUGGACACCAGAUCUACUACGCCCUCUACUCCUUCGAUGCUCGCUGUGCCAAUGAACUGAGCAUCUCGGCCAACCAGCGGCUGAGGAUACUGGAGUUCCAGGACAUGAACGGCAACAACGAGUGGUGGCUCGGGGAGGCAGGGGGCCGACAAGGCUACGUUCCCUCCAACUACAUCCGCAAAUCGGAAUACACAUGAUGGCGUUUGAUCUGUGGACGGAACCUGAGACUGUACGUCAAUCGUACGAAGGCCAACAGGGAGACAGAACAAAGAGACACAUGAGCAUGAGGACGCCUUUUGAUCUGUUGCCAUGGAGUUUGAUUCUGAUGACUGACCCUGCUCCUGAAAAGCUCCAGUAGCAUUAAAUGCCUAUUUAUAGAUUCUUUUAUACCAUUUUUAACUACUGGAAACCUCGCCCCCUCUUGCUUUCAGUGAAACACCUGUGAAUUGCCAUAUAUUCUGGGGUUCAAGUACCAAGUAGGUUGGCACAUUGGGAGGUUGCAAUGGAAAUGUGAAGGUGUUGUGGUCAGACAUACUUACCCAGACUCUGUGGUAACAUGCAUCAUGUCUGUAUGGAGAGUAAAGGAAAUGCAUUUAAACCAUUCUGAGCAACAAGGUUUGAGGCACUUGUGACUUUCCAUCGGUUGAAUUUUGAGUGACGUUUGAAAUAAACAUUUGAGACCAGGGAAAAGUUGAAAGGCUUUUUGAACUGUAGCACCCGAAUGCAUCUUCUAACAGGUUUGGUACUGUGGAAACAGAGCAUAACCCGUUUGACAGUAAGAGGGGGUUGAACCAGAAUGAGCGUGAGAUUGUGGUCUGAUGUACAUUAUGUGUAGAGUUGUACUAUGAGUGGACCUUGUUGCACCCACUGUAAAGUGAUCACUGUUUGAAUAAAUAACAGCUCAGCUGACAAAGUACAA